AUGAGCUCUGAAGUAACGUUGGUACCCACUGUAUCAACAACGUCGUCAGACGCCAUCAUCAAAGAAUUAUUCCAACAAUACAUAUCGUUACAUCCAAACGACAACACUACUUCCAACAACAACAAACAAACAGAGCGUACUGGUUUUUCACUUCGAUCGUUACCGAUUAUAGGUAACUUUUUCCCCGAGAUGGACGAUAAGAAAAAAGCCAUUAAUGAGUUAUUAGAGAUACAAAAAGUGACAACUUCGUAUCGAGAAUGGUACGAUACAUCUUUGAAACUAGAUGAGUUGUUGGGUAACAAUGCAUGGAAAUCUGAUCCGAAAAGCGAUAUAUACGACUAUGAUUUGAUCUACAAAAAUCUAAAUGAAAUGAGGCGAGCCAGAUUGAACCACGAUUACAAACUACUUUUGUAUUACAUUAGAACAAAAUGGAUAAGAAAUAUAGGUAAUAUGGGAGAUGCAAAUUUAUACAGACACGCUUAUGUGGGAACCAAGAAGUUAAUUGAAGAGUAUGUUCGAGAGUGUCAAUUAUCGUUGGAGUAUUUGGUCACCAACGACGAAGUCAACUUGAACGAUAGGUAUUUAUUGGGUAUGUUGAUCCAAACUAGAAAAAAUAUUGGACGUACCGCAUUGGUGCUUUCAGGAGGUAGCACAUUUGGAAUAUUCCAUAUCGGUGUGUUGACGACUUUAUUUGAAGCAAAUUUAUUACCAAGGAUUAUAAGUGGUUCAUCUGCUGGUUCUAUUGUGGCAAGUAUUUUGUGCUGUCAUAAUAAUGAAGAAACCUUUGAGUUAUUGAGCACUAUUACCACCAAAAAAUUCAAUAUUUUUGAUGUUGUUGACUGUGACACCUCCCAAAUUCAAGGCUCUUUUAAAAAAGUGUUGUAUUAUUUGGGUCACUGGAUAAAAUAUGGAACUAUAUUUGAUAUUGAAGGCUUACAAGAUACAAUGAUUGGGUUUUUAGGUGACUUGACAUUCCGGGAGGCGUACAAUAGAACAGGGAAAAUCUUGAAUAUUACUGUAUCCCCAGCAUCUGUACACGAGCAAACACGGUUGUUGAACUAUUUGACUGCACCCAACUGUCUAAUUUGGUCGGCUGUAUGUGCCAGUUGUUCAGUUCCAGGAAUAUUCCCUUCAUGUUCUGUCUACGAGAAAAACCCCAAAACAAACGAAAUCCACGAAUGGAAUAAUGACGAGUCUAUGAAGUAUGUGGACGGAUCAGUGGAUAAUGAUUUGCCAAUUACGAGAUUACUGGAAAUGUUUAAUGUUGAUCAUAUUAUUGCCGUUCAAGUUAACCCACAUGUUGUGCCCAUAUUGAGAGUGUCAGUGAGCAAUAUAGGUGGUCAAGUCGAAAACGAUUUGAUAUACAAAAUGAAACAUCUUUUGAAUAAUGUCUAUGAUUUUGUUUCGUGUGAAGCAAUCCACUAUUUGCAAUUGCUCAAUGAAUUGGAUGUUUACAAGAAUUUGUCUAAUAAGAUGAUAUCAAUUUUGUCUCAAAACUAUUCUGGUGAUAUCACUAUUAUUCCUGAAUACAAGAUGAGCGACUUUGUUAAUUUAUUUGAGAAUCCAGAUACAGAAUUCAUGCUUGAUUUUAUAUGCCGUGGAGCCAAAGUGUCGUGGCCCAAAGUGUCUAUAAUUCAUAACCACUGUAGUGUUGAAUUUGCGUUGGACAAGGCAAUAACGAUUUUGAGAGGAAGAAUUAUUACGUCUGCAAACUAUCGAAUCACAUCCAACAGUAGUGGUGUUAGACGCAGCCAGCUGUACUACAAACCAAAACAGCAAAUAAUGAACUUGGUUACUUCUCCGGUAAUGAAUGACAGUACUCAAUUCAACACGGCACCAGCAACGCCGCUUAAACAAAAGCAAAGACCACUAGGAGUUCAAAGACACCAUUCUACGUCGAAUACAAUUUCCAAUAAACACCAACCAAGAUCCAAGAGAAAUUCAAUGAGUGCCACGGAUGGCGGGCAAGCCGAAGCCGUUGCUGCUGCGUACUCAACUGUAGGCGGUGCAACUACUCCUCAGAAAAAGCUUUUAAAAGGGAUUUCAACCACAGCACUAGUGCAAUUGACACAGGGAUACGUUUCUGGAGAUUCUACAUUGGUAAACGAUGAUUCAGAAAAUUCCAAUGGACCAGCAACUACAACUAGACGCGGGAUUAGAAAAGCUAGGAGUUCAGGGAAUAUUAGAAAUAAUAUGGACUACAAUAAUGCUGAUCGUCCAGUAUCAAGGCUGACUAUUGAUAGGAUUCCCUAUAAAAACAAUCCAUAUUUACAACAAAGAUCAAAAGAAUCGUUGGAGUCAUUCAGUAAGGCCGAGGAAGGUCUAAGUCAAAGGAAGAAACCAAAUUUACCAAGUGUAUCAAGAUCCAAUUCCCACCGAAACUCGUAUAUUGGGUUGAACAGGUUGAAAGAUAAUAAUCUAUCAAAGCAGAAUAAUAAUCUGUACUACAACUUAAAGCAGUUAGGUAAAGGUCCCAACAACCAAGAAUUGAUCAACAAAUUGGAACAAGAAAGAAAAGGAAUAUUGAAGAACGGUAAUCGAGAGAGUAUAGCGAAUUUGGAGUUGUUUGCUAAUAGUGACGAUGAUGACUUGUGUAAACUCGAAUUGUCUCAUGACAGUAGUUUAGGUGAUGAUGAACAUAGCAAUGAGAAAGAGUAUACACCAGGUGAUGACGAUGACGAUGAUGAUGACUCAGAUGAAGAAGAUAGCCAAUCUCACAGUGACGAAGAAGAGGAGGAUUACGGUGAAAAGGCCAAUGGAAGCAGCUUGAAAGUGGCUUUUGAAUCUGUGGAGAUGACAAACCGUUCAGAGAGUGUUGUUGAUGAUAUUGAUCCGUAUUUUGGUAAUUGA